ACGCGGCUGAGGAAGGAAUCAGUCUUCGAAAUAACUUCACCCGAUAAAGUAGUCGUGCAGCUGCUGCCGUGAAGACAGCGGAAGUUAAUAAUAUUUAUCCAAAUUAAAACCCGGCAUAAAUUAGAGCGUUCCUCCAUCCGAUUUGGCGUUACAAGUUGCGAGUGCGGUUGGUUUUAGUUUUCGUUUGUCUGUUUUGUUUAAACGUUUGCCUUAUCGUUGGAAUUUAAAAACUGUUACUUUGCUCUGGUUAGCAUCGGCAGUAUGUUCGAGAAGCACGCCUGAGUGGGCAACAUAGUGCGUAGUUUUUUUUUCUAAGGCUUCACCUGCUGCUUCGUCGUUGUAUAUUUUCACGAAAAUAUGUAUGGAAAGUGAAGUGCAAUGAACGUACAGAAAUCCACGACGCUGAAUUGAACGCUACAGUGUGGAGAUCAAUAACAAAAGAAGCCACGAUAGUGUGUGUCUUGUUCGUGUGAAUGAAACAGGAAUUUGCCCCUUUCAAGGCUGAUAUGUCUCCUUAAAGGGGAAGCUAAUCAAAUUUUAUCUUGGACAGCGGAAUUACUAUAUGAUAAGUCGAGCGAACAGUUAGACGACAAAAAAGUUGAAUAUAUGUGAAUAAUGUCAACCAAUUAUGUGCAGAAAGUGAAAAAAGGAAUAAAUAAAGUAAUCUACGAUAAGUUGUACAUCAAUUGUUCCACAUUCAGAAAGAUGCAUUACGAGGAGGUGCCAGACGGCUAUGAUUAUGCCUAUAACAGCAACCAUUCAUACCACCAGCAACACCCACAGUCUGACGACUGCCGGGGCAGUCCAUGCAGUGAUGCCGUAAUGAUCAAAGUCGACGUUCCCGUUCCGGUUCGGGAUGAGCAACGUUAUCCAAAGGAAAUAUGCAAAACGCUUCUGGCCCUUUUCAUCAUGACUUGCAACUUCAUACUGGCGACCGUUUCGCUGUCGAUAGUUCAUGAUCGUGUACCGGAUCGAGACAGCUACGGACCUCUGCCGGAUGUGGUGCUGGAUAACAUUAUGCCUGUGGAGUGGGCGCUAGAUGUCAGCGAAAUUCUCAUAAUGGUAGUCGUUAACUCGUGUGUUCUGCUCAUCACAUUUCAUAAGCACCGAUUCAUUGUGAUGCGAAGGGUGUUCCUAAUAAUGUCGAUACUGUAUUUCAUGAGGUCAAUAACCAUGUACGUGACGGUGCUACCGGUUUCAAGUGUCACAUACUACUGCAGCCCAAGGGCCAAUGUGACUCCGACACCGCAAGUAAUCGUGAAACGUGCCUUCCAACUCAUUUCCGGUUUUGGACUGUCGAUCAAUGGAAAGCACACAUACUGUGGCGAUUACAUAUACAGCGGCCAUACCGUGACCUUAGUGAUGGGAUAUUUGAUCAUAGCAGAAUAUUCGCCAAAGAGAUUCUGGAUCAUUCAUUGGAUUGCUUGGUGUGUAAGCUCUACCGGUGUCACGAUGGUGUUGCUUGCCCACGGUCACUAUACAAUUGAUGUACUGAUUGCCUAUUAUGUGACAACAAGACUUUUCUGGACGUACCACACCUUAGCUAAUAACAGUCUUCUUUUGAAACAAAAUGGUCACAAUUAUAUCGGCCGGGAGUGGUGGUUCUUUAUUUUCCGUUACUUCGAACGAAAUGUUCGGGGACCAGUGCCACUACAGUAUAACUUUCCCUUUCCAAUCCCGUGGACCAAAAAAGCACCGAAACUGGCCAGCCGGGAGAGCUGAUUACAGCGCAUUGCACCGUUUAUUGUUACUGUUCUCAAAAGAUCAUUGCGAGGAAAUUACAACUUGUUUCCGCUUCUGUAACUAACGACGAAACCUUCCGGGCAAGGCUGAUAGAUAUAUGCCCUAUCUUCUAUGGAAAGGCAACAACCCAAAAGCGAAGACUUGAUUAACCCAGAUUAGAAAGUACACUAAUAUUGUUUUAAGGAAUCCAAAGUUCAAAGAACUUGUGCUGAUAAUUUUAGGUUGAGAAAAGCUAUUGAAAAAAGGAGAAAAAACCAAACAGAAAAGUUGCAAACAUACUUUCGAUGCUGGAAUUGUCAGAAAAUAGUUGAAAUUAUACUAAAAUCUGUAUCAAAUUACAGCGCUUACCAAGAAACCAACUAAGCGUGUCAAUAAAACAAUUCGAAGUAACUCGAACUGCCUUAAACAAAAACAAGGAAUGAUCUUUUAGUAAAAGAUAUUUGCAAACAUGUGAUAAUCAUUAGACAAGUAUUUUAAUUAAAACUAUUUUAUAAGUAAUCCAAUAAUAUAAAUGCUGCUUUUUGUGGCCAAACAAUGUCUCCGUGUAUUUAAAAAAACCAAGAAAAAAAACAUGUGUACAGAAAAAACGUUGCUUCGUUGUAUGUAUCUCCUCGAGCAAAAAGAUGUUACCUAUCAAAAUGUGCAAGACAUAGUGUUAGAUCGAAUUGGAGCAUUUAUGUAAUGUAUGUGAAUGAUUUAUAGUGGUCCAAAAUAGCACGCCGUGCCUUUGAACAGGAAACAAAAAAUAAAUCGAAGUUAGACUAUACCAACUUGAUUUGUUGCGACUCGAGCUGUUAUUGUAUUUGUGACUAUCACGCUCCUAUAUUGACGUUUUCGAUAGGAACUGGUACUCAAAACUCAGAGUCGUAUGCUGUGAACGUAUAAAAUUAAUUAACAUUUUCUUUGUAAAAAUGCUGUUUUUAUUCUUAAUCCCUAUCAGUUUCUCAUAUCAUCAGAAGUUGGUUUAGGUCUAACAUAGAUGAAAAAUGUAUGUAAAUCUCAUGUUGUAGAAUAGAAAAUGUGAUUCUAAUACAAAAUAAAACGAUAUUUUAACUAA